AUGGACGCCCCGGCCCCCACGAGGGGCUCCGCGAGCUUCCUCACACAGGCCAACGCCCUCCUCCGCAAGAACCUCUGCUUCCAGAAGCGGAACCUGAAGACCAACAUUGGCAUCACGCUCUUCCCGGUGCUCCUCUGCGUCAUCCUCGUGGUGCUCCAGGGCGUCAUCGACCGUGAGCUCGACAAGCCCAAGUACCGCUGCGGCUGCGCCUGCGUCGACCCGGGCCCGGCCGCGAUCGGGGACGCGUGCCGCCGGACGGAGUGCGGCGUCCAGUUCUCCACCCUGGACCAGGUCGGCAGCUGCCCGAUCCCCAGCCCGACCCCGUGGCCGGCGCUGGUGCAGGUGCCGCGGCCCGAGUCACGCGCCGUCAGGACCGCGGGCCAGCCGUUCGACGGGUUGCCUGACCCGACCUGCCGGGACACCGGCUCCUGCCCCGCGGCCGUCCUCAUCACCGGCAACAACCGCUCGCUAGCUCAAAGCCUUUCGGGUGGACUGUUUCCUGCUUCGACUUCCUCCUUGAAUUUGACGGAUUAUCUGGAUGCAUUCUCCAAAAUCGUUGCAGGAUCAGACACGUGGCCGUGGACAACAGAGUUAAUAGAGUCAGCGUUUAUCCCAAGGAAUAACUUGUAUCUGCUGCAAUCUCGGUGUUUGUCCAAUCUAACGCAGACAGUUUCAACCAAUGCCGCGGCCAUACCCCUUCAGCUCAACAUAGACUGCGUUCAGGGUUUGCCACUAUGGCGUGAAAGUGCAUCAGCUGUAAAUGAUGAACUCUUUAAGGGUUACAGACAAAAUGGUGGAGGUAGUGGAGGCGGAAAGACGAAUGAAUUUGUUGCAGGUUUUGAUUUUCUGAACACAAAUAUGAAUGGUCUUGAAAUGAAUAUUUGGUACAACUCUACCUAUAACAACAACACCGCUUACGUACCUAUUUCAUUACUACGAGUUCCACGCUUGGUUAAUGCGGCAUCAAACGAGUACAUUAAAUUUCUCAGAGGAAGUGGAGUGGAAAUGUUGCUUCAAUAUGUUAAAGAGAUGCCCAAAGUAGGAACAAAGCUGAAAUUUGACCUCUCUUCUCUUCUUGGUGCACUGUUCUUCACAUGGAUCAUUGAACUACUAUUUCCAGUCAUAUUAACAUAUCUCGUGUACGAGAAGCAACAGAAGCUGAAAAUUAUGAUGAAAAUGCAUGGUCUGAAGGAUGGUCCUUACUGGCUAAUCUCCUAUGUUUACUUCUUUGCCCUGUCGGCUAUCUACAUGAUACUGUUUGUGAUUUUUGGCUCCUUGAUCGGUCUAGAUUUCUUUAGGAAAAAUGACUAUAGCCUUCAAUUUGUCUUCUACUUCAUCUACAUAAACCUGCAGAUUUCACUUGCAUUUUUUGUAGCUUCCUUCUUUUCUGCUGUCAAAAUAGCCACAGUGGUUGGUUACAUCUAUGUAUUUGGCUCUGGCUUACUAGGGGAAUUUCUUCUUCGCUUUUUUGUUGAGGAUACUGGUUUUCCAAAGGGUUGGAUAGUUGUAAUGGAGAUCAUCCCUGGAUUUUCAUUGUUCCGAGGAUUAUACGAGUUUGGUCAAUACGCAUCUGCUGGAAACUCAAUGGGGACCACUGGUAUGAAAUGGAGUAAUCUAGAUGACUCUCUUAAUGGAAUGCGUGGUGUCUUGAUUAUUAUGGUUGUGGAGUGGGCAAUACUUCUCCCCUUGGCAUUCUAUGUGGAUCAAGUCUCGUCGCUGGGUGGUGGAUUCAGGAAAAAUCCCUUUUUCUUCUUGAGCUGCUUUAAGAAGCGUGCUCUUUCAUUGCCGAGAUAUAGCUUUGGGAGACAAGGAUCUAAAGUAGUCGUUGAAAUGGACAAUCCUGAUGCUGUUCAAGAAAGAGAGGUGGUUGAGCAACUUCUGCUGGAACCCAUUGCAAACCAAGCGAUCCUCUCUGAUAACCUCAAAAAGGUUUACCAUGGAAAAGAUGGAAACCCUGACAAACUUGCUGUCCGAGGGUUGUCUCUUGCCAUACCAAAAGGCCAGUGUUUUGGAAUGCUUGGCCCGAAUGGAGCUGGGAAAACAUCCUUCAUCAGUAUGAUGAUUGGGCUUAUUCCACCAACAUCUGGCACUGCCUAUGUACAUGGACUGGAUAUAAAGACUGACAUGGAUGCAAUCUAUUCUAACAUGGGUGUAUGCCCACAGCAUGACUUACUUUGGGAAACAUUAACAGGAAGAGAGCAUCUAUUGUUUUAUGGGAGACUGAAGAAUCUUAAAGGCACUGAAUUAUUGAAGGCUGUUGAUGACUCUCUGAAGAGUGUUAAUCUGUUUCAUGGUGGCGUUGGUGAAAAGCAAGUGGGAAAGUACAGUGGGGGCAUGAAACGAAGGCUUAGUGUUGCGAUUUCAUUAAUUGGGGAUCCCAAAGUGGUUUUCAUGGACGAGCCAAGCACCGGACUAGAUCCAGCAUCAAGAAACAAUUUGUGGAGUGUUGUGAAGGAGGCAAAGAGAAACCGUGCUAUCAUUCUUACGACUCACUCAAUGGAGGAGGCAGAAGUACUAUGUGAUAGACUUGGCAUUUUUGUCGAUGGUGGAUUCCAGUGCCUUGGUAACCCAAAAGAGCUGAAAGCUAGAUAUGGCGGCACCUAUGUACUCACAAUGACAACAUCUUCGGAAAAUGAGCAGGAGGUUGAACAGCUUGUUCACCGCUUAUCACCAAAUGCGAGCAGGAUAUACCAUAUUUCAGGAACCCAGAAAUUUGAGCUGCCAAAGCAGGACUUGAAGAUCGCAGAUGUAUUCCAUGCCGUCGAGAGUGCAAAACGCCGGUUCAGCAUAUAUGCUUGGGGCCUGGUUGACACCACCUUGGAGGAUGUCUUUAUUAAGGUUGCCAAGGGAGCACAAGCAUUCAGUGUUGUUGCGUAA